AUGCGUCCUCCCUCCUCUCUGUUCUCUAAUUUUUUGCGUACGGCUUUAGCAGGCAGAUGCUUUUCGACUUCUAUUAAUGUUUCGAAUAAAGUUUCUGUUCUGGGCGCAAGCGGUGGUAUCGGUCAGCCACUUUCUCUCUUAUUAAAGCAGUCUCCUCUUGUGACGCAGCUUUCUCUAUAUGAUAUUGCUCACGUUAAAGGAGUGGCUGCUGACUUGAGCCAUAUCGAAACCAGACCGAAAGUUUCGGCCCAUGAUGGCGAGUCGGAGCUCUUAUCUUGCUUGUCCGGUGCUGAAAUUGUAAUAAUACCAGCUGGCGUUCCUCGAAAACCUGGCAUGACCCGUGAUGACCUCUUCAACGUAAACGCCUCAAUAGUUGCUAAGUUGGCAAAUAUGUGCGCUCAAGCGUGUCCCAAAGCUUUUAUUUGUAUUAUCACCAAUCCAGUGAAUAGCACCGUACCGAUUGCAGCUGAGGUCUUAAAGAAAGCAGGCUGUUACGAUCCCAAAAGAUUAUUUGGGGUUACCACGCUUGAUGUUGUUCGCUCUAAUGCAUUUAUUUCGGAAGCUAAGGAUCUGGACGUGCGUAAAGUCAACUGUCCUGUUGUCGGUGGCCACUCCGGCGUUACAAUAAUCCCCGUUAUCUCGCAAUGCACUCCUGCUGUUUCAUUCCCUCCUGUGAGUUCUCAGAGCCCUAAGCCCUGCUCUCCUUCACCUGUAUUAGAACAUAAUUUAUUUUAA